AUGCCUUCAGAAGAUUCAAAGCCGAUAAAAAAACACGACGACGACACCAUUCCCACUGUCAAAAAGGUCACAAACUCCAACGCUAAACCUCAUUCCAAGCUUCCAAAACUCAAAAAAGAACCCAAGGAAGAACCUGAACCCGUUCCUAAUUCCACUUCAGCUUCUCGCUCAAAGAAAACGCAAGUUAAGAAGGAACUUAAUGAUUCCGACGAAGACGACGAUAAACCUAUCGCUAGAAAGGUCUCAAACACCAAGGCGGUGAAGGAAGUAAAGAAGAAGAAGAAGAAGGUGAAGAAGGAGGAGAAAGUGGUUGUUACAGAGAAGAAAGUGAGGAAAGAGAAGAAGGUUUAUGAUUUACCUGGCCAGAAACGAGAUCCACCUGAAGAGAGAGAUCCUCUUAGGGUUUUCUAUGAGACUCUACAUGAGCAAAUUCCUAGUAGCGAAAUGUCACAAAUCUGGCUAAUGGAAUCGGGCUUGCUUCCUAAAGAGGUGGCAAAGAAAGUAUUUGAGAAGAAGCAAAAGAAAACUCGUCAACAGAAGGUCUCUUCUCCUGUUAAGUCUGUAUCUUCUGUGAAGAAAAAAAGCACCAAAUCUGUUACAACAACAACAAAAACAACCAAAUCGGUUACAGUUAAGAAUAAAAGCCCAACUAUCCCCAAUUCUUCCAGUAAAAAGGAGACAACGAACUCGGCAUCGAAGCCGAUCAAGAAGCGCAAAUCUGAGUGUAACAGCUCUGAGGACGAUGACUCCGAUUUUGACAUUGGUUCAGCUACAACAAAGAGGAGAAAAGUGGCUUGA